UAUAGGAAACUUUAUUUUAAUCUGGACAUGUAUUUAUUAUAAGUUAAAAAUGGACAAAAACGAUGAAUUUGAGAUUAUUUUGCAAAGCUGCCGAAAAGGCAGAACCCUCAUGACAGCUGCUUGCUUGGUGUAUGCUGGGGAUAAACGGGACGAAUUAUUAUUACAAAGACACACAACAGCUGAUGGCGAAACAUACUCCCCAUUUCUUCUUGCCGUACGUCAAGGUUACACACAACUUGUGAGGUUAUUGCUAGUUGAAUUCAAUGUGGAUAGUUCGAAACAUAAGGGAACUCUCAACUUUGAUGGAUACUUCAUUGAGAAUGCUUCUCCUCUCUGGUGUGCAGCAGCAUGCGGAUAUUUCGAUAUCGUUAAGUUACUUAUAUCUAAUGGUGCGAAUGUAAAUGACACAACCUCCACAAGGUCUACACCUCUGCGUGCAGCCUGCUUCCAUGGGAACUUAUCUAUUGUUGAUUAUUUGUUAAAGCAUGGGGCGGAUGCUAACUUACCCAACCAAUACAACAAUACAUGUCUUAUGGUAUCAGCGUUCCGUGGUAACUUAGAAGUGGUUGAAUACUUGCUACAUUAUGGUGUAGAUGUAAAUGCACAAGCUCAAUGUGGGGGCACUGCAUUACACUUCGCAUGUGAUAGCAGGCAGCUUGGAAUUGUGGAAGCACUGGUUAAUGCAGGUUGUGACAUCACAAUAAAGAACAAGUCAUGCCUCACCGCACCCAUGGUAGCCGCUGAUGCGUGUCAUAGUGAUGUUAUCGAGUUUUUCACAAGGAGGAAAGACAGCGAUCCUGAAACAAAUAUAAUGUUACUUGAGUUACUCGGUGCAUCGUAUGCGAAUGAUAAAGAUAAUUACAGCACGGAGAAAACAUUUCAUUUCCUUUGUCUUGCAAUGCUGAUGCGAAUUAAAGACAAAAUAGUAAAGCAAGUAGAACCAGCUGUUGAAGCUUAUGGAAAUAAAGUUGAAUGUCAGGUUUAUGAUGAAUUACAAUCUAUAAGACAUGACCAGGAUGCCAUACAUAUUGAAGCACUCAUAGUAAGAGAGAGGAUACUUGGUAAAACCUCACCAGAGUUGAUCCACCCUAUCGUGUAUCGUGGUGCUGUAUAUGCUGAUGGACACCAGUUUGAUAAAUGCAUUAAGCUAUGGAGGCACGCCAUCUAUUUACAUCAAUUGAAUAAGAGACCUGUCAGUAAUGAUUUGCUGAGGUUUGCAGAGGUGUUCUCGGAAAUCUAUGUUCUAACCCACGAGUUAAAUACCACGGACUUGCUCGAAACAAUCGAAUGUUGUAUUGAAGAGAUUAAGAAUACGAAGGCUGAAGUGGAUCGUUAUACAAAUACAAGAAAUACUUCAUUGUCCUGCAAACAAAGAAAUGACAACGAUGAUUGUGAUGAAACUAAAGUGAGGAAAAGUUGCCCCAAGUGUGGCCACCAUCAACCUACUAAUACAGUGGAGUCGCGACUCUCAACAUCAUGGAGGCAUCUUGAGACCAACCAGCGUACGUUGCUUUACUUAUUAUUGUUGGUUUGUAAAGUAGUGAAGGAAGAUGACAGACAUGUAUUUGGGAAGCUUUUAUACAGAUAUUUGAAACUUGACAUCAGAGAUUCGAACGAAGCUACCUUGCUCCACCUAGCGGUCGACGAACAAACGCAUGUAGAUGAUUUCCAUGUUAAAGACAUUUGUUCCUUCCCUAAUUAUGAGCUCACAAAGUUCUUGUUAUCAUGUGGUGCUGAUCCUGAUGCAAGGAUGAAAGGAGGGAAUACUCCACUUCAUAUUAUUGUACAGUAUGAACGUCCCAUAAGUGACUUUAUCUCCCUGCACACCAUUAUCAGUCAGCUGUUGGAGUAUGGGGCACAUUUUGAUGUAGCUAAUGACAACAGGAAGACACCCAUGGAGUUAUCUACCACUGGAGUUGCUGAGAUUAUUCUGAAAACUCAAUCGAAAUUAACGCUGAAGUGUUUAGCUGCACAAGUUAUACGCAGAGCUGGUGUAAGGUACAGGGGAAGGGUCCCUUAUUUUUUAGAGGAAUAUAUAGCCAUGCAUUGAUAAAUGUGUUGCCAGGGAUGUUAUGAAUCUAUACAGCUCUUCUGGUAUUUAUUUACGUGCUGAUUUUUUGACGUCCUCUAAAGGUUGUCUUUCCCAAGGUAUUGCUAUUUAGUUAAAACAGUAUUUAAAGGGGGUAGAGGUUUAUGCUACCUUUACAUAGAGUUAAUUUGUGUUUAAGUCUUAAGGUCCUACAUUUUUCAUAUGAUAUUGCUAUUUAGUUAAAACGGUAUUUUAAAACAUGGGGUAAAACAGCAUUCUAAAGGGGUAAUAUGGGAUUAAUUCUAAUCUAGUAUAGCGUUAAUUUGGUAAUUGUAAUGUUUGUACGCGAAUAAAUUGCCAGAAGAGUUCGUAUAGAGUUAAAAUACACUGUAUGCAACAUAAUACACUAAAGCCUUUAUAAUUUGGCCCACAGCCCUGAAUAUGCUCCCAUGCCCAUAGGCUUUAAUUCUUUUAUUCUUCUUGCCCAAGUUAAUUUGUGUGGCUCGUUAAGUGAAAUCUUAAGCUUGUUUUAAGGCUACAAGCCACUUAAAGUGUUUUAAAACGAAAACCAAAUAAAAAUAGCAAACUCUAAAAAUGUAAAAAUUAUUCCCUUUUGAACAUAUUUUUUCCUUUGUUUUUUUUCAAUUCUUUUGUUUUUAAUUGUAGAUAAUUAUGGUACGAUGCCUACGUCAUCAUGUACAUUGUGACGUCAUGAUUAAUUUGUCAGCAACAAAAAUCAGCCAAAAUGUUUUUUUCUUUAUUUUCACAUUAGUUCAGUUUGCCGUCCUGUUUUAUUGUAUUGUUGGUUGCUUCAACCAGUGUGAACUGUAUAAUGACGUCAUCAGUGACGUCAAUCUCCGUUAUUAUAACGUGCAUGGUGCGAAAUAAAGUUGAAAUAUUUA